GGUGUGUAGAUGCUAACCUAGUUUUGGGCGUGAUUCUAGGUGGAGCCCGCACGUUGUUCAAAUUCGUACAUAAUACAGACAGAACGUCCUGAAUGUAGAUUGUGCCAUGAUUUUGUGCUGUUUAUUCACCUUGAAAUCUACCUUGUUAGUGUCUUGAAGCAAUGGCGGAUGACAGUGUAGACCACGAUGCAGUUGCUGAAAGGCUAGAAGCAAGUGUUUUGGAAUCUCCAAAAUGCAAACGAGACUUUCAUUCUAGCCAAUCCAGUCAGUUCAAAACAGCUGAGGGUGAGACAGCCCCUAAGAAACCAUCAUUUGGUGACAGGACUUCUUUAGUUCUUCCAAAGUUGUGGAAACUUCUUCCUGACAAUGUUUGUAAUACCUUUCCUCAACUGGAUAUUGUACCUAAACCUAUUUUAAAGUUAAUGAGGGAUGCCGUAUGCAUAAUACCUCAGUUGAAAGAGAGUACUUCAAGCAGUGAAGAAAAAAAAUUGCGACUUGAAGCAGAGCAAGCUCUUACCUCUAUCCAAGCAGUAUUGGAUCAUACAUGGGAACAACUGAAUACUGGUCACUGGAGAGAUGUACCCAUCGUACAUCGGCAUGUGUUUAGUAUAGCCAGCCUCAUUAAGAUUUUAUGCCUUCUGUAUUCUCAAGCUGGUGAUGAAGAAACUCUUCUUCGUCUUGCUCUGAAAGCUGCGGAUAUGGGCUUAUUGUUAGGAGCCCCUCUUCCAUCUCCUAACGAGUGUCUUGAUCUUACAAUAGCUGCAAGCUUACUGAGUACCACUUUAGCCCAAGUGGUUGAGCAGUCAGGUUCAUCAGAACAAGAUCCAAUUCUUCUUGAAGAUAGAUCAACUCAAUUUAUUCUUAAGGGAUUGUCUGGUUCUCCCAUUAAAGAAUUAGACUGUCCUUCUAUUGAGAGAUUUUGCACAGAUCAUUUCCUUCCAAAACUUCCAGUCAAAAUAAAAGGUUGUAUGAUGCACUGGCCAGCAUCUAAGCGAUGGAAUGAUAUUGGAUACCUGCAAAGAGUAGCCGGUGCACGAACAGUACCAAUUGAGCUGGGUUCACACUAUGCUCAUACAGAUUAUUCCCAAAAAUUGAUGACUAUUGCUGACUUUAUUGAACAACAUGUUGUUGGUGGUAAAUUAGGGUACCUUGCUCAACAUCAACUUUUUGAACAGGUACCUGAAUUAAGGGCUGAUAUUUGUGAACCGGAGUAUUGUUGUCUGAGUGAUGAUUCCAUUCAAGUAGAAGAACCUGCCAAUGAGGGUACGGAUAUAAAUGCUUGGUUUGGGCCUGCAGGCACAGUUUCUCCAUUACAUUAUGAUCCCAAACAUAAUCUCCUUGCUCAGGUUGUUGGAACUAAGCGUAUAUUAUUGUUUCCACCUGAAAUAUCACCCUCACUUUAUCCUCACUCUGAUAGAUUACUAAGCAACACAGCUCGGGUUGACCCUGAGAAACCAGAUUAUGAUCAAUUUCCACUGUUCAAAAACAUUGCACCACCAAUUGAAUGCAGGCUAGAAGCAGGAGAAAUGUUGUAUAUCCCACCACGCUUUUGGCACCACGUACGUGCAUUAUCUACAUCAUUUUCUGUGAGUUUCUGGUGGAAAUGAUUUUGGUGUGUAAGUAACUAGCAUGUACAGAUAUUAUUUUUGACGAAGUUACAUAAUUUUGUGCUAUAGUGUGGUUUGUAACCUAUUAAAGAAUUGUCAUUUUGUUGACAAACAAGGACAAAUUGCUGAACGUGCUAGUCAUCUAGGGUCCAAGACUUAAAUUAUAAUAUUUAGAAGCCUGGCAAAGUGUACUAUUUUAACAUGUUAGUUGGCUAUGAUAGUGGGGUGGGGGCGGCUGGGGCUGGACUAGCCAGCCUCAGUCGUGGGUAAGACUCCUCGCGGCCCUCUUGCCUGGAAAGGGGGACAGGUCGGACGAAUCUCGCAUGCUAUAUUGUGCUUGCCUGUGUGCUGUGCCUUGCUUCUUCACUAAUAUGCCCAAACGCGACUGUCGUUAUGCUUGCUUUAUUUCACCUCUGUCGCUAUGUACUGCCUAAUCCCUUUCUAAUUAUCUUCACCUACUUUCGCUUUGCAUUGUGGUGUGGCCUAUCUCUCCCUCUUCUUAGGAUUUAGCUCCUUGGGACUACGCGGCGCCAGUCCCUGGAAACCCGGGGCCAGCAAGAGGCCGGCGACGGCUCUCGUUCCGGACACGGCGCUACCCUGGAGGGUGGUGCUAGGGAGGAGGGGACGGGGCGAAGCUCGCCGUCGUCAACGUACCCGCGAGCUCCCUGCGAACCCCUGAAGCGCCGCUGUGCACCCCUCCCCCCCCCCCCCCCCCCUCUCCCCCCGUCUUCCCUUUAGCACUGGACUCUUUCUAUAUAAGUCUGCUGUGCGAUUCAGGAGAUCGUUGAAGAGAGGCUCUCCGAUACCUCAUGUAUAGCUCCGUCCUUGUUGCACUCAUAGGGCAUCGCAUCGCCCUCCACUUUGUCUCCAUCCAUGGCCUCCGGCUCCUCUCCUCUCUCGCCCCCUAGCAUUUGCCUCUUACCCCUCUUGGGCAUCUUUGCCUCUGUGCCGCGUUCGGCCCCUGGGCCAGAGGGCCUUCCCUCUGCUCCCCCCAGACUCCUGCCCUCCGCUGCUCUCUGCUUGGCCUGCUCGGUCUUUCCGGCCUUCGCUCUUCUCCUCAUCUUCCCAGACUCUUCCUCGCUUAGCUCUCUCUUUACUCCCUUGCCUGCUGCUCCUCCCCCUCUGCUUUCGCGCUCUAUGUGUUGUGCCUCCUCGCAUGGCCUCUUUGAGCAGCACCUGUAUUAUCUAUCUUGUUGCGUGCUGUUCCGGUACUACCCGUCGUUGGGUGGGCCAGAGCUGUACCUCUUCUGUUUGUUGUGGCAUGCUGAGUUUCGUCCGAUGUUGAGGGAGGGGUGCCAUUUGCCGGGUUCCGGCCCGGUCGCUACACCCCUCCGCUAUACCUUACCCCCUUCCAGGGACCCUGCACUACUAAACCACACACACGAGUUUAGAACCACGGCCCUCGGUUGUUGCGCGCGGAGUGCGGCGACAGGCCCCUCUGGGUUUGUGCGACGUUCGCCACCCUACACAGGAGUCGGCCUUUGCUUCACACUUUCUUACAGGGGUGUCCCGAGGUCCCGUGCUGGCGGCUUCGCUAAGCCCUGCCCCACCCUGGGACCCAGGGGUGGCUCUGACAAGGGCUGCUCCCGGAUGUGGUGGAGUGUCGAUGGCAUAAUACUGGAGUGAGGCGGUGGCCUUUUCCUCGUGGAUACAACUAUCUAUCUAUCUAAUGUUAGUUGGCUAUGAUAGUGGCACAGUGUAAUAUUUGAAGAAAUGGUGACUCUCUUGUACAGGGUGUACAUCAUGACAUGCACAUGACUGACUUGAGAUUUGGUCAGAGAAAGAGAGUCAGAUCUGUGUUAGCUGGCACCAAACGUCAUUGAAAACCAAUAAAGGUUGACCUUUGGUGAAAUGACAGCAGACUGAAUAAAAGAGAUGAUAAUUUAUUUAUGACUGAACACAAGAGUUAUAUUAUAAUUUUUAACACAAUUGUGGUAAGGCAGAGACUAACUGUGCAGGAUUGUAAUACUUUACACUGGAGAUGGCUGUUUGUCUGAAAGUUGGAAUUGUUCCUAGUGAUUGUUGAUCAAGUGCCUUAUAUUAUUUACCUGAUCUAGUAGCAAUGAUUAAAUCUUAGAGAGGUUUCUUGCUUUACAAGUACAGUAUUCAAAAAUAAUAAGAAGGCUGCUUCUCCUAUCGGAUGAAAUAUGUGACAGAACUACUUUUAUUAAUUUGUGGCAGAUAGCGAACAAUAUUACGUACUAUUUAUGCUUUAGUUCAAGGUAUGUGGUAGAAAGUCAUUCAUUCUAUUUUUUAGAUGAUUUAACAAUGAUGUGGCACAUUUUGCCUUUUAAAAAUAAUUUACAAAUUGACUAAUUACAAUUGUACUUUAGUAAAAGUCCAUUAUGUUUCAAAGACUGAAAUCAAAUGUUCUUUAUAAUAAAGUUUAAUACCUAAA